CCAGACAUUGCACAAGCCAUCACCUGUGAAUCUUUCGGACAGCUCACAUCAAUGGCCUGAAAAAGAUGUAUAGACUUGAACUACAAGAAAAUCAAUCUACCAUCCGAAGAAUUCUCUUCUUCUACCCGUACAUUUCCUCUCUUUCUCUUCUUCCUCCAACUUUGAUCAUGUAGCCUCAUCAUUAACAACUAUUUAAGUACUAAUGACAUGAACGGGGCAUGCAAAUCGCAGAGCUCAUAGAAAUAUAUUCAGAUGGAGGCUUCUACUUCCAACCCAUGCAUCGACUAUGGCACGACCGAAAUCGUCUUCUUCGACCUUGAGACGACUGUGCCUAGGAAAUCCGGACAAGGCUUCUCUGUAUUAGAAUUUGGCGCCAUCGUCAUCUGCCCGUGGCAGCUCGUGGAGCUUGAGAGCUACUGCACUCUCAUCAGGCCUCGGGAUAUCACGGCUGUCGGGACAAGAUCGAGUCGCCAGGGAGGGAUCACUCGGGAUGCAGUCUCGGGCGCACCGCCGUUUGAAGAAGUAGCUGAUAAGAUAUUCAACAUCUUGAAUGGCAGGAUCUGGGCGGGCCACAACAUCCAGCGCUUCGACUGCGUCCGGAUCAAGGAGGCAUUCGCCGAGAUUGGGAGGGAUGCGCCAGUUCCCGUAGGGUUGAUCGAUUCUCUAGGAGUCUUGACUGAAAAGUUUGGGCGCCGAGCUGGUAAUAUGAAGAUGGAAACCUUGGCUGCUUAUUUUGGGCUAGGGCAACAAAAGCACAGGAGUCUCGAUGAUGUCCGGAUGAAUUUGGAGGUCGUCAAGCAUUGUGCGACCGUGCUAUUCCUGGAAUCGAGCCUGCCUAGCUUACUGAGGGGAAAAUGGCAACCAUCGCCAAGUAUGAUUACAAGAAGCAGAAGUCACAACCAACAUAAGAAGACUUGCAGAGGAGAGGGCAGCAACGUUAUCAGCCGUAAAUCUCCAACUUCUCUUGGAUAUCAAAGAGCUGUCCCCUCCGGCAAGGCAAGCCUUGGAAAGAUGACAGAGAAAAUGAAGAGUCUCUUGUACACAGCCCAGGGAAAUCAACCUCUCAAGAACUUGCUCAAGCACUCUCUACUCAGAUAGCAGAGCGACAAGUUAAGUUCGACAGCGACGCACGCUGCUGCCUUCAACAUCAGAGAGGCGAGAAGAUGGAGAACUAUUCAGCUUGAUUGAUGGAGCAGGUUGCUGAAGACGGCAGCAUCGCUAUUCAUUUCAUAUUAAGAUUACUUGUUGUAUAGAAUUCGUGCCUGUUUUGCCGUCUGGGAAAAUAAUCACAACAAUGCGGCGUAAAAUGGCACGAGAUCAUCCUUUUAGUUGCGUUAUCGACUGACCCUUUCGAACAGCGGCUUCCCAAUUGAGUGGCUAGUGCGGCGGAAUGGGUCAAUGGCAUGUAUAAUCACAUCCUAAAACGG